CGUCAUGAGCACUGUUGUGUUGCUCCCAAAGGGCAGAAGGUGUCACAAGUUCACCCAGAGCUCCCGGACAGGAAGGAAGACACAUACCUGGAAGAGCUCAGGUUAUAUAAGGGAAAUGAAGACAACACACCAGAGUUUCCUUCACAUUUCCAAGUUGCCGAAUACUCCUUUUUUCUCAAGGCCGUAGUCGAGACCUGGGCAGUGGUGGAGCUCCAGAGUGCCAGAGGAGAGGGAGAACAGCAGUACCGCGUCACGAGCGCCAUCAUACGUGAGGUGUCCGUGGUACAGGACCAGCAGGUGCACUGCUGUAGCUCCGAGGACGCUCUGGAGGCGUACGUGCAGUUCAACACAGAGCUGCAGUCCCAGGGCUUCACGCAGACGGAGUCGCUCCCCUCCGAGGCCGAGGCGCUGGCCUCACACACUCUGCAGCGGCUGCUGCUGGAGGAGCGGCUGAGCUGCUGCGACGUCUCACAGGACGUGGGCGUCUUCUUGGAGCUCAUCUGGACGGAGGCCCUCGGGUCACUCGCCAGCCUCCUCACUGUCCCUGUUACAAGCCUCAGCCUCAAUGACGUGAGUAGGGUGGAGGGGUUGCUGCUACAGGUGCAGAAGUGUGAGAGUGAAGAUGAGGUCCAGCUCCUCCUGCAGGAAGUCAGUACCCUGUUACCGCUCAGAGAGACGGAGGCUGAGGCCAGGGCGAAGCUUGUGUCUCAGAGACUGGACCUCUGUCAGCUUAUCCGAGAUAUUCUGAACGUGAGCGAAGCCACUUUGGGGAACCCCUCUCCCUCUUCUCUGGGGAAGUAUUGCACCCUGAGGUGCAACAUUGAACCCGUCGCCUCUGAAAGCCCAGAAUAUCAGUCUGUCUGCAAGAUUUUACAAGAGAGGCCAGUCCAGAUCCAGCAAGUACUUCGUGUGUGUAGAUCAUCAGAACUUCAUAUGUUUAGGGAGCAGCUAUGUAACAUUAAACCCCUCCUCCAUUCUACUUUUCCUAGCAACUUUGUGGGAAUCUUGUCACGAGGUCUGCUGCUGCCGAGGGUUGGAGUUGAACAGCAUGGCAUUAAAAGAACUGACGUAGGAAAUCUGGGAAGUGGCAUCUACUUCAGUGACUCUCUGAACACCUCUGUGAAGUAUUCCAGGCCCAGCGUGACGGACGGCUCACGCCUGUUGCUGGUGUGUGAUGUGGCUCUGGGCCAGUGUAAGGACGUGUACAAGAAGGACCCAUCUCUGAUCUGCGCUCCCGACGGCCACAGCAGUGUGCAUGGCGUCCGCCGCACACAGAGCACACGCUCAAGAGAUGAUGAAUAUGUGGUGUACAACACCGAUCAGGUCAGGCUGAAAUAUGUAGUUCAGUACUUUCUGAAGGAAGACCAGCUGAAACCUUUUGAACCUCACAUUGAUACCUCUGUGGAGUGUUUACCUUCUGUCAUGACCUCUGACCUUUUGUCCAGUGAUGACGCAGAGGGGUUGGAGGUCACAAAGAACCCUCUGGAGGAUGUCACUCCUGGUUUGUUAGACAGCAGUGGGUCCACACUCCCCCUAGAGGCUGUCCAUGUGAGGUGCAAGCUGAUGGACCUUCUCUGUCAGGUUAUCAUUUUCCAGGUAUACACGAACAAGAGUGACAUUCUUAUUGAGGCUAAGUACGUGUUCCCUUUAGAAGAGACGGCAGCCGUGUGCGGCUUUGAAGCCUUCAUUAACGGGAAGCAUGUGGUCGGAAAGGUGAAGGAGAAGGAACAGGCCCGUAAGGAGUAUAAGCAGGCUAUAGAGAAAGGUCACGGAGCCUAUCUGAUGGACCAGGAAGCACCUGACGUGUUUACCAUCAGUGUUGGGAACUUGCCCGCUGGGGCCACAGUGCUGAUCAAAGUGACCUACAUCACGGAGCUGGCCAUGCGGUCAGGCACUGUCGUCUUUUCCCUGCCUGCCAGCGUGGCUCCUUGGCAACGCUGCAGUAAACACACCAGCCUCCGUUUACUACUCAAAGGUUCAUGUCUGGUAGAGGAAUUGGUCCUGAUGUUGGGUUUGUUUGUGCUGCAGACGUUUGUGGAGAAGGUUGGUGUGAAGGAGCUUAGAGCAGAGGGGGUGUUCUCUUUGCACAUGUCCAUUGAGAUGCCCUACGAGAUCACUGGUCUGGAGUGUUCUCAUCGUAUCAGAACCAAGAGGACAGACUGUAAGGCCAUGGUCGUGACCCUGCCUGACCAGAGCCUCAGCACUGAUGGCUUCCAGCUCAGCUUCUCCCUGUCUCAGAUGCACAUGCCCAGGAUGUGGGUGGAGAAACAUCCUGAGAAGGACAGUGAGGCCUGCAUGCUGGUCUUCUACCCGGACUUUGAGUGCGGCGACGCGCGGUGGUCCGGAGUGAGCGACGUGGUCAUUGUGCUGGACACGUCAGAGUCCAUGCGCGGGGAGCCGCUGGUGAACGCACGCCGCCUCGCUCUGAAGGCUCUGUGCUCGCUGGACCGCUCCCUGAGGGUCAACGUCGUCUGCUUCGGCAUUGAUUACAAAGAGGCCUUCCCUUCACCAAGAGUACUAGAGGAAGUCUUUGAACAAGCCAAAACGUUCAUUAUGUCCUCCCCUGCCGUUGGUGGCAGCACUGAGCUGUGGAGGCCUCUGCGCAGCCUGAACCUUCUGCCGCCGUCACGAGGCCUGAGGAACGUCUUGCUGCUCUCGGACGGCCAUAUGCAGAACCAGCCUCAGACCCUGCAGCUGGUGCGGGGUAACGCCUGCCACACGCGCCUCUUCACCUGCGGCCUCAGGUGGGUGAAAUCUCAGGUGAGGUGCAUGGCAUCUCCAGGCUGCAUGUCCGUGUCGGUGAAGUGGCAGCGGUUCAACCCCACAGAACCCCCUCCUGUUCAAGCACCCUCACAGCUGAGUGCCCUCUUCAGCAACUGUCACACUCUGGUUUAUGGUUUCAUGCCUCACUGUUCUCAGGCUACUCUGUUUGGUGAUCUCAGUGGACAGGAAAUUCAAACAAUGGUUUCUACUACAGAAUUACAGAAGACUAAGGGAACAUUCCUUCACAAGCUUACAGCGAGAGCAAUUAUCAGAGACUAUGAGGAUGGCAGUCUUGGCAUUAGCGAGGCAGAACAUGAGGGAAGGAAAGCAGAGCUGAAGUCCUACAUCAUCGAGCUCAGCAAAGAGUUCUCCAUCCUGUCUCAGUUUACCAGCUUUGUUGCCAUUGAAGAAAGGGAUCCGGAGCAGCCGGAAUCUGGAUUCACUUCCGUACCUGACCUGAUUUCAGAAGGGGAUGGGAAUGUGGAUAUCCUGCCCUACAUGGGCUGGCUUGAGGAGGAAGAGGAGGGUUCUUCACUCAGUGACCCGUACCUCAUGGAGCUUGGUGCUGUAGAAUGCGACGCAGAGUACAAGAAAUGUUUACAAACCAACGGGUCCUCCAGUCUGACAUCAGACCUCCCCUGUUCUCCCCCUGGCUCUGAGAUGGUCUGUACUGCAGACAUGUCUGUCCACAUUCUCCACGAUGAUGAAGAAAGUUCCCAAGAUUAUGCUCCGCCCCCCAGUGAGGUUUCCGAGCUGCUGGCCCCACCACGAGACACACGUCCUUAUAUCUGCACAAGCUUUGUUCCAAGUUUGCAGCCAAGUCUUCGUGCUGCUACGUCUCCUCGUGAUAUUGAUGCCCAUCUCCUGUCAGAUGUCCCUGUGUCUUCUCCUGUCCCUCCUGUACUCGGUGGUAUCUCUUCCAGAAUUCAUGCCAUGUCCUCUAGCUUUUUUGGUCAGAGGAGCAAGGGCAAUUAUCUCGGUGCUGAGCCCACUGUCUCCAGUGUUGCUUCUCUUCGGCCCUUGUCGCUUAGUGGUGCACCUCCUUCUUCUUUUGGUGGUAGAGGCCUUUUUGGCAGUAGUCGACGUUCCCUGAUUUGUCUGGACAGAGAACCCUCUGAACCUCUGAAUCUUUGUGCAGGUGGUGGUUUUAGUUUUCGGGCCCCUCCUCCUAUUGACUCCCAGGCCACGUCUCCUCCCAUAACUUCUCAUCCCAUAACCUCUCCUCCCAUAUCUUCUCCUCUUAUCGCUUCUGCUUAUGCCAUUGGCUUUGCUCCCCAUAUCCCUCCCCCUCCUUCUCACAAUGCCGCUCCUCCUGUCCCCCGGGCCACUCCUCCUGUCCCACAGGCCACUCCUCCUGUCCCACAGGCCCCUCCUCACAUCGCUGCUCCUGAAAUCAUUGAGUUUGCUCGCCGUAUCCCUCCUCGUCGUGCCCUCAACUGCAUUUCUCUCUCCAUGGCCCCUCCUCCUGUCCCCCAAGCCACUCCUCUGGUCCCACAGGCCCCGCCUCCCAUUGGUUUUGGUGAUGCCAUUGGCUUAGCUCACCAUGUCAUUCCAUAUACUCACCAGAGCCAUAGCUGUCUUCUCCCCCAGGCCCCUCCUCCUGUCCCACAAGCCCCUCCUCCUCCUCCCAUCCCUGCUCCUGCUGUCAUUGACCUUCUUCCCCAUUCCUCUUCCACUUUGGACACCUCUGAUGACUUGGAAUUCCAGUUUCUCAAGAUGGUUCCUAAGAGGGGAUAUUUUGAAAAGAGACGUGGCAGUUCUAGACAAGACCUUUUUCGUUUUGCAAGGAAACAUGUUCAGAAGAGGAGGCAACCUGACACGAUCAACUGGGAGGAGCUGUUUGAUCUCCAACAUCAGGAUGGCUACUGGGAAUGCACCUGGAGGCUGAGCACAUUCCUCGGCCUGGAUGUAGACUUCUUUGCCAAUGUUUUUCUAAAAGAAAAAGGCAUCUGCUCUUUGGGGGUGAAGGUCCACACUGCCAUCCUCAGGCUGGUGGCCACGUUGCUGGUGCUGCAGUUGGUGCGUGUGAAGAUGGUGUUGGGGGUGGAGUUGUUCCACUCUCUCAUGCACCUUGCCAACGCCCCAAAGUCCAGGCCAGCGUGCUGGGAGGCAGUGCAGCGAGCCGUGAGCUGGGCUCAGGGGGCAGACAGGCAGUACCCCUGCGUGUGCACACGCCUCAAGCUCGGUUGGGACUGGGAGUCGUGCACACGGCAGCUUCUGGGCCUGGAUGCACCUCCUCCACACUCCCCUCUGCUGCCAGUCCUGCAGAGGAGUGCGUGCACAACCCAGGUCCAGAAAUAGAGUUUCAGAAAAAAGUUUCAGAAAUAUUCACUCAACAGAAUUUAUUGAAUUAAUUAAUUAAUGAACUUGUGCAAAAGGAAUGUUGCAGGUAUCUAAACUAUAUAGCU